AUGACGUAUCCCCGACACGCGCUCACGAUCGCCUCCGAUUGGCAUUACAUGGCCGAAGGUGGUUCACGGGUGGUGAUGUGUUAUCGCGGACCCGACCCGUCACUCGUUGGAAAAGUUUUGCGCGUUCGAAAGCGCGCAAAGGAUAGACCCCUGCAGAACUUGACCAAAACCGUUGACUAUGAGCAAAACCAUCGUCAUGAUUUGACUGACCUUGAAUUGUGGGUAGAAUUCUUCAGCUUAGAGCGACAAGAUCAAGACGAACUUGCCGAAAUUUUUUCUGACAAGUUACUUCGGCCUUUCUUGAGCAGAAACCAAACCGACACAGGGGUUCGCAUCCGAGUCGACGCAUCUUUUCUCACUCAGGUUGCCACGAGUAUUGCCUCUUUUCGACCGGCGAAACGCCGGGAGUUAUCUGUCGUGGAUGUCAAAUCACGUUCUGCUGUUAUUGUGCAGAAUCACCGCAAUAUUGUAAAGGGCGAUUAUUCAACUGCCCAAGUCAUCUCCCUGGAAAUCAAGCCCAAAUGUGGUUUCGCUGACCCGAUGAAUCGUGCUGGCAUUGCGCGCUUUAAAAUGCACCAAGGUCUAAAGCUUGCAGGCGGUAAAUUGCUGCGAACGAGCAACUACGAUCCCCUUGACCUCUACGGCGAACUUGAUGAAAAGAUCUACACAGAUACGUGCUUGCGAGUGCAUAUGGCACGUCAAGGCUCUCCACAACAUGCGCAGCAUAGGCGUGCAAUGCUCGCACUCAUUCAGGAGCCACAGAAUAAUUUCCUUGUGACUAGACCUAAUGAUCUCGAUGGAACAAAUUUCUCAACUCACUUGAUUAACGAUCCAAAAUAUCCUGGAAGCAUGAAUCCCAGGCCUUGUAAAGAAAGAAACUUCUAUACACAUGGAGAUGCGGACCGCAUCAGCAUCAAGCCGCACAGCUUUCGAAAUUUUGGAAUCUGGCAGCUGUCAGGAUUUUUGGGACGCAGAACGCCCGGGGAACAAGAAAACGCGUUGCAUAAUAAUGGAAGUGUCGUCAACAACUUGAUCGAUGUCGCCUUGAUGGCUUUAAGCUGUACUGGAGUCCUCUCAAGAAUACGUGCAGCGCAGCGAUUAGAUCGUGUGGGAAUAGAAGGCGCAAUGAGACUUGUUGCUCGCAUUAGGCACAUGAAACAAAUACCGACUUCAGUGACCGGCACAGGAAAUCAUCACGAGAUCAGCAUGUGGGGUUCUGUCAGCAAGGUUGACAGGGUUGAAUUCGCCUAUCGUCUACUGCGCAACUUUAUUAUAUCCGCGACUGCAAAGGAUUGUUCAAUUAUUUUGUCAAUCAAUCGGCUAAACACGAUGGCUUCGGGUGUGCAUGUAAAGCUUCGCCACGACAGCAGAAAAGUUCUCAUCAAGAGUCCUGUUUUUCGAAUGCAAAGGCGCACAGUUAGGGAGACGACAGAAGAAUAUGUGAAGUUUCUCUGCCAGGUGGCAGUUGUUGACCAAGACAUGAAAUUAAAAGAUUAG